AUGAAGCCCACCGUUGUCGCCUAUCUCCUUACUUGCGUCGCCGGCACCGCUAUAGCAGCGCCAGCCGCCGAUGAGACCUUGCAGUUGAUUCAGCGCGACGUCUCUGAGGCCAACCCCCCGCUUGCCGCUAGAGACAUCGACAUUGCCGGCGCUGCCACCGUCGAGGCCAGGGACCCGAAGAAGGGCAAGGGAAAGAAGGGCGCCAAGAAAGGGAAAAAUGCUGCCAACGGUGCCAACGCUGCUAACGGUGCAAACGCUGCCGAGGCAGCUGAUGCAGCGGGGGCCAAGCGUGAUCUCUCUGGCCAAGCUGCGGACGAGAGUAUUAUCACGGCCAGAGACCCGAAGAAGGGCAAGGGAAAGAAGGGCGGCAAGAAAGGGAAAAAUGCUGCCAACGGUGCCAACGCUGCCAACGGUGCAAACGCUGCAAACGCUGCAAACGGUGCCAACGCUGCUAACGGUGCAAACGCUGCCGAGGCAGCUGAUGCAGCGGGGGCCAAGCGUGAUCUCUCUGGCCAAGCCGCGGACGAGAGUAUUAUCACGGCCAGAGACCCGAAGAAGGGCAAGGGAAAGAAGGGCGGCAAGAAAGGGAAAAAUGCUGCCAACGGUGCCAACGCUGCAAACGCUGCUAACGGUGCCAACGCUGCUAACGGUGCCAACGCUGCUAACGGUGCAAACGCUGCCGAGGCAGCUGGUGUCACAGGUCCCGGGGCCGGCUGA